AUGGAGAAGUGCACGAAACGCCUCCAUGCAUUAGCGCUCCUUCUUCUCGUAUGCUUCGCUACUCAUGCACAAGGCAGUGGCACGGAGUCCGGUGACGCCGAGGCUUUUGCGUGCUACAAGCUUAAUGUUUUCCCAUCCUGCAAUCCAAAGACAAGUCGAUGCUACUGUUGUACAAUGGAUCAGUGCAAAACCCGCUAUGGCACAAUGGAUGAGUGCCAAGCUCACUGUGUAGCUUCGCCUUUGGGUGUAAAUGAGCCAGCGGCACCCUCCUCCUCCUCCUCCUAUGUACUUCCAUGA